AUUUUGUUGUCACUCUCGAUAAAAUAAAAUAAAAAAAGAUCACGAAACUGCAUAACAUAUUUCUCACUCUGAUCUUCUGUUUAUCCCUGAUAAAUUUACUCCUAUCUCACCUUUCACUGAAUGGGACGCAUGGCUUCAGGUAAAGAGAACACGAAGAACACCACGAAAGGUAAAUCUCAUCAGGCAAAUCAGGAAGCUGCCAAAGACAACACCGAGCAGACCAAGGAUACUGGCAAGACCACAACCAAGUCAGACGGAGUCACUAUGUCUGCCUUUGAACUUGAGUGGGAUAAGUUGCCGCACUACGAGCUGAAGUGGCCUCUGACGCGCGCAGAAAGGCUCAAAGAGCUAGAGGAAAUGUCUGUGCAUUACGAAAAGACCGACCAGAGGGACAACAUCAAGGCUGCCAAGGCAUGGCAUGCCCAGUUUCCUCCCGAUCAGAUCGUCCCGGAGGAAACGAUCUAUUUCGUGAACGGACAGAAGGUUGACGAGUCAGAGGUCGACGAUCACGAGGGUUGGGUAUGGGAAGAAGUGAGUGGACUCAGUCAUUGUUUAUAUUCCUUGGACCUAAUUAUCUUUAUUUUAGGGUGCUGUUGGAUGCGACUCUAUGUCUGGACACAGAUCUACAACUCAAAAUACCCUCCCACCUCCUGGCCCUGCUAAUCCUCCUUGUCACUCUAAUUCUCUGGCACAAUAACUGUUGCCAUCUUUACCUCUUUUAUAAAUAGAUCCCCCCAAGAUGUUUCGCGACCACAUCCGCUACCUAUGCAGAGGGUUUCUAAUUCCAUACUAAAACGGUCUUUACGAGAAAGAAAGUUCACGUAAUCGCGAUGUCCUGAUGUGAUA